AUGAAUUCCGACUUGCAAGCCAUAAUGGCUCGGCGUCGGCGUUUGGCGGAAGCCAAGCAAGAGGUAGAUGUAGCGAAAGCAGGAUCGACCGCUGGGAGAGCCAAGCAGCCGCAAUCGGGCUUUUUGACGUCUCCCAAAGGAUCGAUACCGACUUCCAACACGGACGCAAAGAAGGCUUCUCCUGAUUUACAAGCCAUCAUGGCGCAUCGCAGGCGACUAACGGAAGCAAACGAAGAUGACGGAGACGAGGUUGCGCCGGGUGCUCCCGGCGUCAGCCCAUCGUACAGGAGAGGCACUAUGGGUGACACCAGCGUGAGCCCAAUCUACAAGAAACGCAGCAUGGGUACCACCAGCGUGAGCCCAAUCUACAAGAAAAGCACCAUGGGUGACACCAGCGUGAGCCCAUCUUACAAGAAAAGUACCAUGGGUGACACCAGCGUGAGCCCAUCCUACAGGAGAGACGCUAUGGAAGGUUCGCUGACCGACUUGUACGCAGAAUUGGCGACAUCCAAAUCCAACUUGUCGCAGGGUUCACAUUCCCAAAUGAACUCGAGCUUGGAAUUGCAUCAAUCCAAGUCUGGAGAAGACUUGAGCUCCAUUAUGGAACGUCGACGUAGGAUUGCGGAAGGCGAUGGGGGUGGGCCCUCUCCACCUGCGCCUUCUCCACCAAAGAAGUCGCCACGCGUGAAUUACGCUUUGUCUCCCACCUUGGCUCCUGGAGAAAAGCCUUCGGCUGUCUCCUCCCCACUUAACGAAAGUUUGAAAUCGUUCGGAGUCAGUUCCGACUUACAGUCUAUUCUGGCCCGCCGUCGUCGUUUGAACGAAUCCGGUGAGCAAGGGCAGUCCCUAGGAACCGCAGAGCGAGUUCGUUCGCCGAAAGAUCGAAAGUCUGUAGUCCCAUCGCCUCCUCUGGUUGCCGAUACAUUGGAGGACGAGGCCGAAACCGGCGUGGCGCUGCAAUCAGCACAGAGCGGACGGUCCCAAUUAAGUGCAGCAUCCACGCAUAGUCGACAAUCAAAUCGAGAUGUAGCGCGACCUGACCCAACAGAACUUGCGUCCUCUUCGAGUCAUAGUCAUCAACAGACCUCGUCGUCGCGGCACAGUCCUAGUGAUAUCCCCGGUUCAGCUAGUGUUGGAGAAAUAUCUGUUGCCUCAUCACAGAAUCGGAAAUCGGAGAGUAGCGACGAGAGCAAAGCCAGCUCCCAGGACAAAGCUGUGGAACCGGCAGCUCUGGCAAUACCGGUACCCGUUAUUGAACUGGCACGAAAGGAAGAUGAUUUUUCCAAAAAGUCGGCAGAAGAAUCUGCACCCAAAUCAUCACCUACGACAACAAACAAGAAUGAUUUCGUGUCCAGCAGCAGCGACGACGACGAAAGUCUUGAAGAUACUUUAUCAAGCGAAGAUACAGAGGAGAGGGAACAAAGUAGUGUGGCACAGCGUGAUUUGCAGAAGAAUGCCCCGACCUAUACAGAAGAGUCGAUGACCCUAUCGGAAAGUCUCGACGAACGAGUGGCUCGGUUAGUCAAAGCUGCCGAGAGUCCUCCUCAAACUAAGGGCCCAUCAAAAGCGUCCACGGCUCGUCGACGGCAACACAACGACUCGAAAACCAGCGGCCACAGUCAAUCCAAGAAAGCCUCGCCUCGUUUGAGGCCCUCGCGCCGGUCGCAUGACAGCGAAGAAAGAUCUGUGCAAAGCAAGGAUUCACAGGAAACCCAGAGGCAGCGUCGAGCGUCUCGGAGAUCCAACAUAGGAAGUAGCGACGAAGAGCAUAUGUCUCUGAGGUCACUUGCGAAAGCAAACCGCCGCGGAAGUACUGGAACAAAAGACAGUGAUGAGCAUUCCCGAAGCGCUGAAUCGGCGGGAUCGUCCAACCGCCUUCGCUCCCGACGUUCAAGCACCGUUGGUCGGACAUUACGACAAUCGAGUAGUGCAGAAAAUUUGGAAUCAGACGAGACCAUACCAUCGAGUCGUAGCCGAUCCCCUCCUUCGCGUCAGCCCCAUGAACAGGGCCACAGCGCGAGUGAAUUGCAGUCUCUGGAUGUGGCGGGUGAACAGAAACCAUCAAAUUUCGCAAACAAGCCGGAAAAUAGCGAACAUGCAGCCGACGACAAAACUGAAGACGAAGCAAUCAACUCAGGGUGGGGUGAUUUUCCAAUUUUCGCUCCAAAAGACGGUUUGGAAAAACCAAUCACUGGAACAGAAAAGAAUAAUUCAUUGUCAUCUUCUCAAAAUGUCAGCUCUCAUCUUGACGUGACAGAUCGCUUUGUAGUUUCGCCCAAUGUCGACAGGUCUUCCUCUGCGGAAGCUGACGGUCAUUUUGAGCCAGUGCUCACAUCCGUAGCUGAUGGUUUUGAUGAUGCCACUUUUGGAAAUGGUACCUUCGAUCGUCCCACCGCCACAAACGGUCAAACCUCGGUCUCGGCUCGGGUUUUCGAUUCAGGGUUUUCCCCGGACGCCUUCGAAGCCACAAACGUAUUCGGGUCGCACGUGUUUAAUGAAGGCUUUGCUGGUCCGGAAACCUUUGAACAGCCUCACUUUGGCCUCAAGGAAUCGAUCAUGCCGCAGUGGGAUUCGAGUCCUUGGGAGCGCGCCCCCUUACGACGGUGUGGAAAGCUGAUUCUUGAUCAACAAGACUUUUUCUCAACAGAUUUUGCCUGUGCACCUACUUCAAAUCUAUCUAAUGGAAAUGUCAUCUUUGCAUGCUCAGGAAAAGAUGGUUUUUUUCUUAAGGAGAUAGACCCGAGUCGAAAUAGCGUUCCAGUAUGCUCUACUCCGGUUCUAACUAUUGAUCUUCAGCGAAAGGUUUCUUCCAAGUACAACGUCUCGAUCUACAAAGUCCAUGCUUUGACUUCACUGACGUCGGGGCUACAUGAAUCGCAUAGUCAGAGUCGUGUCCGUGUUGCAUCUGUUUUGGAGGUGAAUGUACUCGAGUCGCCUCAAUUAAUGAAGAUUGUUGCGGUUUGGCAAUGGGGGUACGGGACAGCUCAGCCUAUCGUCUUGCAGUAUACAAUUACUCCGCCUAGUGGAGCGGACUAUACCUUUGAUGCUGCUACCCUACAAAUAGCCGACAAUCUUGUUUUUAUUGCAGGUUCUUCACCCAAAGGACCAUGUGUGUUUAUAACGAAGCCUGCUGCACGCGACUCAUGGUCGGCAAAUUUCCUCGGUGGGUCUGGCUUCGUUUCUGCCCUUGCUGUGACAACGACCUCCGAGCGCGCACAUCCUUUUGUAGCUGUUGGGCUGACAGAUCGCAGUCUCAGCGUCUGGACUUACGCAGAGGCAAUGAAGCCUGCAUCGAAGGAUUCAGAAUCUUCAAAACGAUGGCUUUUUCCACUCUGCAGACUAGAGGCGGGCUCGGUCCUGUCUAGCCGAGAAUCAAAGAACUUCGUCAGCGAAGAGCCAAGUGAUGCAGACUCGAAAGAAGUAGGUUACUGUACACAUUUUGCGUGGAUGCCUACGGUACCUAUGGUCUCGUACACGCUCAUGCUGGCUGCAAGCUUUCAGAAUGCUCUCGCAAUCUACCAUGUCGAGCUACCCGCAACAAUGGAUCCUAGUACGAACUCUGUCCGUCCCCUGUCACCACCGACCCACAUUUCAGUAUUGUCUCAAGCUCCACUUCUUGGACCGAUGGUGGCGGAACGUUGGCGUGGCCGUCAUGAACGAUCAUCGGCUAUCUGGCUCAAUCGGGGCCCUCACGUCGACCCCUGUCUAGCGCUUUUAUGUCAUACAGGUAGUACAAAUGGUUCGGCUGUCAGACUUGCAAUCGGUUGUCUCAUUUUCAGCCAAUAUGAUGGCGUUCCCGUUCCAGAGGACAAGAUGGUACCAUUCAGGUUGCUAGCUGGAGUAACCAUUACAAAUGCUAACAAAAGCUAUCCGUUGGGUAUAGUUCCAUUACCGCGCCAUCCUUGUGUCAUUUGCCAUUCUCGAAACAAGCUUUCGCGUUUUGUCCCUACUCUCGCAUUUGACAACGCCAUCCAACAUCGGAUGGCUUGGAUGGCUCAGCCCCCCGCUUCUAUUCCGCCGGGUUUGUCAUCUGUCGGCGAUCGUCUUUUGACGGAUACAGACAACGAUGCUCAAGGCGUUUUGCACAUUUUUUCUACGUUGCAGUUUGAGCGACGCGCAAGUACGGACUCGUCCGUCGUAUGGGGGCAGCCAGUGAGACGUUAUUGGCUUUGUCGUACUAUUGCUGGUGACAACCGUACGAUUGGAAAGGGUGAUCUGAAGAACGAGAAAUUGGAAAAAGAUUUUGGUAGAAGUGACAGAGUGAAUGGCGGCUCGGCCUCGCGCGCUGUAGCAGCUCUUGCGGAUGUCUCUAUAGCUGACCUUGUCCCCUUCAGGAUAGUGCGAUGUCGGGGUAAGGAGAUAUGCGCCGUUCUUUUUCAACACGGGUUUCGUUCCCAGUCUACUGAGCUUGAACUUGGCAGCAACGACGCUGUCGCAGUUGCCUUGGUCGACUUCUCUACUCCGAAGACGAUAUUGCAAGUUGUAGAAGGGCGCGAUAUAUGCUUUUGUUUUGACGGACAAACAGAUUUUCCUCAAGGUCUUUUGCUAAGCAAAGACGGCUCUAUGUUGACGUCCUUUUCCUGGCAAUCCAUGGCGAGCAAAUUCGAAACAGGAAGGUCCUAUCGUCCUAUUCUUGGGGUUGAAGUUGGCGACCAGUACAUCGAAUGCCGCCGCGUCUUUGCAUUCUCAGGUGCAUCGAAACUUGUACUGGUAAUGAGUGGAAUAAGUCAUCAGAACGGCACCACCCACAUUUUAGCUGGCGACUUAAGAUCGGACGCAGAGGUUUCGAUAACAAAAUGGUCGUCACUUCUCCCUAACAUGGAAAUAGGUCGAUCUUUCAAGGUGGAUCGCCAGGAAGAAGUUCUUUCGAUUAUAGGUCUCGAGCAUGACGACAGUGGCUAUCGUAACUUUGCCGUUGCCACGAGCGAAAGAGUUUUUGUUCUCUCGGCAGGGUUAGAUUUGUGUGCCGAAACGACAAUUGAACUUUCCUUCCCAUCUCUGGUUCCUAUGGGCUCCUUUGCGGUAUGCUUUAUCUCGCAGGACAAGGUAAAAUAUCUUUGUUGCCUUGAUGCCGACCUUUCUCUCGGGGUGGUGGCUUCGCUUCCUACGGAGCAAUAUGGCGAUCGCUCUCCUUUGCUACUGGCUCUUAGGCAGGACCGGAUUAUUCUGAAUGACAUCCACACAGGCGUAAGACUCGUGGAAUAUGGUCAGUCGCCGGAUGGCUUUUUACUUCCUGCGUGCAGAACACACCCGGCACUCAUUCUCGAACCGAUGGUUGCGAAUGCUGUCUGCGUUGGUGGGAAGCAGCAUCGGUCAACAGAAAUACUGAGGACCGUCAUUGAGAAAUUUGGUAGGAAGGUUGCUUCGAUCACUCAUGGAGAUGACGAAGGAAUAGGGCAUUUCGGAGCUGGAUUGCAGUCGAAAGUUUUCGAAAUUCUGCGCUUUUAUGGAUUAGAUCAAGCUGCUUCAUGGCUUCUCACGGGCACAGUGCAAUUUACCAGGACUGCGAAUAGCAAGAUACUGCCGACUUGGCUUCCAAUCGGGCUUAAGAGAAGUGGGGCCAUUAACUCUGACGCUUUUCUCCAUUUAGUGUCCAGCGGCGAUCAGUACUUAUUGGAGUAUUUAAAGUCGCCUAACCAGAACUUGCCUGCUACGAUUCCCCGGUCUACCGAUGCUUCAUCAUAUUUUUCACAUGAUUUUGCGAUGGACUCCUUAGGGCAUGGAAUUCCCUCUGAAGCGGUCAAAAGCUUUGACUUUGCUGGGUCAAGCCAGGCUGACAACUUAAUUUUGCAAAUUGCUUUAAUCCUCCAAAAGGAUAGAUCGCAGGAUAUCACGGAAAUUCUGAGAAAAUUAAGCGGUUACGAUGAGCCCAUGUUUUCACGGUCAUCGGAAUAUUGUCAUGUACCUGGCUCCUUGGCCGCUCUGGCUGUCUCGCUGAAAUCAUCGAAGUCAAACACAAACAGGCAGGUUAUGUCAAGCGACCAUGUCGAGCGGUGGAUGCGCCCUCUAGCCCCGUCGCUCCAGCGUGGAGCAACUUUUGGCCGCACGCGCCAGAAACUUAUAGGGGAGAGCGAUUUUAUUAAUGCUUGCUCAAAUAGCGACGAAGGAUCUGACAACUUCUGGUCAAUACCCUGCAACGAAGCGAAACACGUAUGGAAUGAAGGCCCGCGGAAAGCGAAGGACAAGCUUUUAAUGCUUGAUUCCACGGAGGAGUGGCUUGGCCGGCGGCGUCCCGCCAUCCUGGGGAAGGAGGGUGUUUCUGCAGCACGCGAUCGAGGGGAAGGAGCUCUGGCAGGUAUUCUAAACAAUGAAGAGGAUUCUUUCGGAGUAAUGAGUGAUAAUGAAAGUAUUGGCGAUGACUGGGUCGAUGGCGUCGGGGAAGGUCGGUCAGACGAAGCCAAUCUUUCCGCUUACUUCAGAAUGUCUGAAGGGGAUGACGAAGACAGUCAGUGGCAAACAGAAGGGCUCCUUGAUAUAUCUCCAUAUCAAAUCAAGGCGACGGUCAUCGGUGACGCUGGUGCUUAUCGCCUUCAGACCUCCACGUCAGGAGUCGACGAAGGUGAGCCCGGUAAGGUCAGGAGUCUUCACGAUCUAGUUUUCGAAAGAAGCGGAGAAGGCGUACCAUCAGGCCUUGCGGUACCUGCAGGCCGCGGGAGUAGUGUGGACGUCGGUGUCCUUCAUCGACCUGAUCGACAAUCACGCCAGAAGUGCUCCAUUGAAUUUUGGUACUAUCUCCCGAAGAAAAGCGCGAUUGUAACGGAUAUAAUUCUUACGCGGAGGACGAUGGGUAGCACUGCCGAUGAUCUUUCAAAAGUAUCUAUUUCGUCUGAAAAAGAGAGUGUACUGUGGGAUCUUGUCCUCCUUCAGUCUGGUGAAGUACAGUUUAGAUCAUGCGGAGGUGCCACACUUCUGUCGUCAAAAAAUAACAAUAUUGGGGCAGCCAAAGUGGUCACCAAUAAUCAAGAUGAAGAACAGCGUAAAGAUAUCGUUGCAUAUGAGCACUGGAACCAUAUUUGUGUUGUCAUGAAUUCCAGAGAUCUUGACUUGACGGAGUGCUUUGUUUCUCUAUACAUGAAAGGAACCGAGGUUGCGUCUAAUUCCUUGUCUAUGCUGCUCCCAGGCUACGAAAAAGGCGAUUUAGCCGAUCAGUCCACUCUUGAUGAUCUGCUUCAUAAGUCUCAGUUAAUUUUCGGCGUGAACAGCACUCCUGGAUUCAGGAUAACUGAAAUUCGCAUUUGGGCUUGUAGCCGCUCGGCCGAUGAUACUCAAGCCAUGAUGUAUGAGUACUUGAACGCUGCCGAAACAAAGAAGAAAUUUAAAGUCAAGAUUAAGAAUAAGAAAGGGGGAGCUCUGGGGAAAGGCGGACUUGCCUCGCCUCUGAUGGACACUGGUAAAGGCGCUGCGAAAUCUGGAACGGCAUUUAUGUUAAAAGGAGCACCUCCUCUCGAUUCAUCAGGUAAAAUGCAGCUUGAGACUGCUGCUGAUGCUUCGAAUAGAUUUAGUCUUGCACCCCCUUCCACCAAACAAGACGAAAGGGAAAGGAAAUUAUUUGAAGUAUCAAAUCCUUCAUCUACUUUCAAGAAUUCGUCCGACGCGUUUAGCAUCUCUGCCACUGAGAAUGAUAAAUCACAUCCGCUGUCUUAUGUUGGAGUGGAUAAGUCUCGGCAGCUGACGCCGUCGGUGGAAGAAGUCCAGCAGAAUGAGACUCAUCCCCCAGUUACGUCUACUUUGUGGGACACGGCGCUUCCUCUAUCCCAGCAAGUGCGUUCUUCGGCUGCAGCAGCCUUGAUUCGUGGCCCGCCAGCUACACGUCAUUUUGGAGGAAAUCGUGGAGGCUUACCUGACUUUAGUGGUAUGGAGCGUUUCGGCGUUGGAGGAGUGGCGAUCUGUGGAUCGGAAAAAACUAUAGUUUGGCGCGACAAUGAGGAUCCACCAGCUCUUACGUAUCCGAUUGGGGCAAGCGGUGCCAUAGUUAGUGAUCAAAUGGACGACGAAGGCAGCGAAUUUUUGUGUUGUUUUCUCGCGAAAGAAAAGCGCAUGGUCGUGUUUGAGCUACAAUCGCGUACUGUUGUGGUCGAGCUGCAAAUGACUACCAAGCUUAACUUUUGGCGUUUCCUACCACCGGAAGCCGACGAAAACACUUUGUGUUUUAUGCUCAUAACUCCAGUAGGGGGCUUUCACUGGAUGCCAUUGGAAGAGUCGCCGCGACCGCAUCAGGUGUGGAAACGAGGACCCGAGUUGCAAGGCAAGAAAGUUGUUUCUUACGAAGAAGGAGGUUCAAACGGACUUGAUGAUUCCCACAUUUUGUCCCGCGUUGGCCUCGUAUUGGUGACCAAACCAACAGGAGAUGGUACACUUGAAGCUUGGAUCGUUCCCAUUUCAGGUGACUCGCAGGCGUCUCAAUUCUCAGAGGAUGUCAUGGGUGCUUGCUUUUGCCAGCCACCCCAUUUCGACGAAGGGCCUUUUUUGCCACUUCUGGUGACCGUCCAUCUCUCGCACGAGAGAAUCGUUGUGAAUCUUCUUACAACUCGAGAGCUAUCGAAAGGGUCCAUCGAACUAGGAGAAGCCGAAGUCACCCAAGAGAUUGACGACACUGGCUUUGAGGACGUUGACUAUAGGCCACCUUCCUUGGCUAUGGGUGAUAUGCCGGAAGCUCUUUGCUGCUCGCUAGCCAAUAUAGUCGUCGUUAUUGUACGGCGCAAAGGUCUCGUGGUUGCCUACGAACUGGAGGAUGGAGAAUUGAGUUUAAUUGCAUCCGAAAACGUGGGUCAUUUUGUUAUCGACGCUGUGAUGCGGUACUCGGCCGAGGUGGGCGGGGCCGAAAUUGUCAUGUUACUUUCCGACAACGAGUUCCCCAAGGAUGGGCGUAUGGUGAGCUUUUGCUUCAGAUCCGCCGUUUGAAAUAGAAGUUCAGAAAUAUCGUAAAUGUGCAGGUGCAAGGAAUUA